UGGAUAUGGAAACAAACAAUGCAAGCAAGGUUUGCUGUUUGCAUUGAUUUUGACUUUGCCUUCUUUUCUUUGUAGUUGGAACAAACAAGGAAAUACUGUGUUUUCGGUCUUGUUCACCUCCUCCUGCGUCUUGUUCCAACAUGGCUUCCCCCACGCCAGUUUUUGAGUUGGGCACCAACACUCUGCCUGUCAAUGCCUCGCUGCAUGCUCUGAACCGCACUCGCCUGGUGGAAGCGCUGCGCGAGAACAAGGACUUGCCGAAAGGUUCUGUUGUUGUUCUGCAAGGUGGCGAGCAAGAGCAGCGCUACUGCACAGAUACAGAUACGGUGUUCAGACAGGAAUCCUAUUUCCACUGGGCGUUUGGUGUGCGCGAGGCUGACUGCGUUGGUGCCAUUGACGUGGACACUGGCAAGACCACACUGUACUUUCCCCGCCUGCCAGAGUCUUACGCAACGUGGAUGGGAAAGAUUCAUCCACUCGAGCAUUUCCAGAAGAAGUACGCCACUGAGUUUGUGCAAUAUACCGAUGAGGUUGCCAGCCACUUGAAGACUGUCAAUGCAGGAACCCUCCUGCUGCUGCGUGGCACUAACACGGACAGUGGUAGCACAUGCCGUGCUGCUGCCUUUGAUGGCAUCGGAGACUUCAAGACUGACUACACAAUGCUGCACCCCGUGAUCUCUGAGUGCCGUGUGAUCAAGACGAACCAGGAGCUGGAAAUCCUGCGUUACUGUAACCGCAUCAGCAGUGAAGCACACAAGACAGUCAUGUCCAAGAUUCGCCCAGGCAUGAAGGAAUACCAGCUGGAAAGUUUGUUCCUGCACGAGUGCUAUUUCCAAGGUGGAUGCCGGCACUGCUCCUACACGUGUAUUGCUGCUAGUGGUGACAAUGCAGCUACACUUCAUUACGGCCAUUCCGGUGCACCCAAUGACAAAACAGUCAACGACGGAGACAUGUGCUUGUUUGACAUGGGUGGUGAGUACUACUGCUAUGCCAGUGACAUCACCUGCUCAUUCCCGGUCAACGGCAAGUUUACACCGGAACAGCGCAUCAUCUACGAGGCCGUGCUCAAGGCAUCUCGUGCUGUCAUGGCUGCCGUAAAGCCAGGUGUGUGUUGGACCGACAUGCACUUGCUAGCCGACCGUGUUCAGCUGCAGGCACUGAUCGAUGCUGGUCUGUUGCAUGGUGACCUGGAGGCCAUGAUGGAGGUCCGGAUGGGUGCUGUGUUCAUGCCACACGGUCUUGGUCACUUCAUGGGUCUGGAUGUGCACGAUGUUGGUGGCUACCCAGAGGGUGUUGAGCGCAGUACGCUGCCAGGACUGAGGUCCCUGCGAACGGCUCGUGUGCUCAAGGAAGGAAUGGUGCUGACCAUCGAACCAGGAGUCUACUUUAUUGAUCAUCUUCUGGACAACGCUUUGGCUGAUCCCAAGCAGAAGUGCUUCAUGAACGAGGAGGCGAUCAACAAAUACCGCAAAUCCGGUGGAGCUCGCAUUGAGGACGACAUAAUCGUUACUGCUGAUGGCUUGGAGUUGAUGACAUGCGUACCGCGUACUGUAGAAGAGGUCGAGGCAUUCAUGGCCAAGGCUCGUCAGUGAUGAUUGCAGCCGUGUCCACCAUGACCCUGGCCAGCCAGCUAGCUAGCCUGCUGCGGUGCAACGAUGCAACCUGACAACUUGCUUGUUUGUAGGUAAUAUAGCUGCAGACACGAGCUCACUGGUGAUUCAUUAGUUCAAGUCACGCCGCUGUCCUACAUUGCUUGCGCUGUUCAACACUUCAUUGCGUUUCGGCUCUUCUAGUUGUUAUGCAGCAGAUAUAUCAUUCCUUUCUCAUCAGCAGCAGCAAAAUUUCUUCUUCUAUUCGUUGCAAAACGUUUGGGUGCAUCUUCUUAGCACAAUCUCUUUGUUCGAAGAUGAUUCAAAGACGAUUCGAAGUUCGUUUAUUACUAGUGCGUGGAGCUUUUCCCACUUCCGUACGUGUGCUUAUUCCCGCUUGUAUUUUAUGCCUGGCAGGCCAGCUACUUCUUUACAAGUUAUUUCUUUCUAUCAAUUUCUUAUUAAUUUUUGUAGAGCUUUGAAAGUGAUUACGGACCAUCUGAAGCUAAAAUUUAAA